GACCGGAAGACCCGGUGUUUUUGAUCCGCUGCUGGCGGAGCGGAGCGGACUCUGCGGGCUGUCGCGUCGUGUGGAGCAGCCGUCAUGUCGCUGCGGUUCACGGAUGAGGAGUUCCAGGCCGCGUGGCGGGAGCUGGACGAGCCGCAGCUGGGCGGAGGCUGGGAGCUGUUCACCGAGACCAUGGGAGUCCGGAUCCACCGCCUCCUCGACAAGGAAUCGGGACUUUAUGAGUACAAAGUCUUUGGCGUGCUCGCCUCCUGCACCGCGGAGCUGUGUGCAGAGGUCUACAUGGACUUGACCUAUCGGAAACACUGGGAUGGAUAUGUGAAAGAGCUCUACGAGAAGGACUUUGAUGGACAUUCAGCGAUCUACUGGGAAGUCAAAUACCCGUUUCCUUUGUCCAACAGAGACUAUGUGUACAUCAGGGAGAGGAGAGAUCUGGAUGUGGACGGUAGGAACAUCUGGGUGAUCCUGGCCAGAAGCUCUCCGGCGACGCCGUGUGCAGAAAAGAGCGGCGUGCUGCGGGUCAACAACUACAAGCAGAGCCUCGCGCUGGAGAGCGAUGGAGCGGGUGGAACUAAGGUUUUCAUGAACUACUUCGACAACCCCGGUGGGAUGAUUCCUAACUGGCUGGUGAACUGGGCGGCUAAGAGCGGCGUUCCAGGUUUCUUGACGGACAUGCAGAAGGCCUGCAGCAAUUACAAAACCUACAACCAGAAGAAAUGAUGGAACGAUGAACGGGACUCUGGGCUCAAGGGCUUUGACCCAUUUAAAAAUUUUUUUUUAAACAUUGAUGUUGAAUGUUAUGGGUAUAAUGUGGGAUCUUACCGGCUGCUACUUGUCGCCGUAGUGUGCUGUUGACCUCAGGCAUGCUCUGCAUGACCAGCCUCCCUCAUUAAUAAUGCUGGUGUGAAUCAAUUCUGUUCCAUUGUACUGUAUUGAUCGAUACUGCAUUGUCUUAUCUUUGCAAUCACCGUAAGCUCCAGUCCUUUCCAGGAUUUAGGAGCUUUCAUAGGUCAUUUUUAAAUCAAAUGUUUGUAUAAAUCAAUUCAAAUGUUACAGCAUAAAAUGUACACAUACGGAAAGUUUGCGGUUGUUGGUCUUGCUGGAAUCUUCUCAUAUUCCACUUUCAAUUCACUGGAAAAAAUGCUAAAGGCUUCGUGUGAUUCUUUUCCAAUCGGCUCGUCACUUAUGCAAAGAUCAUGUUAUGGAUGCAUACGAUCAAAGAUGCAGUAUCUGAGAUACUAAAUACUGUAUUUAGGCUGUACCUCAGAUGAAUGUGAUUAAAUCUGACUGAAAUGCCUAUUACUGUGUAAUACUGCUGUCAUUGGAAUUAAUGAACUUAAAUUUGACAUUUUGACAUGUAAGCUUUUUUUUUUGUUUUUACAAAAUGACGAAUUACGAGUAAAAUAAUCAUCUCAAAAGGUCGAUGGAUGUGUAAACUGUCAUGUUGUCAUGUUGUGUGAAAUGCUACCGUGGUUACUAAAUUGGCACUGAUUUGCCAGAUUUUUUUAGGUCCACCAAGCCAAAACUGAUGCAGACCACUAUCAUAUCUCUGGUGAAGGUAAUAAUAGAUAAUGUAGGUUUUGUUGAAACUAUUUUAAAGAGAUGUUGAUGUGAUAAUUAGCCUAACCUCUCGAUAUAAAUAUAACCUCUCCGAUAUAAAUCGAAUUGAUUACAUUUUUGAUAAUUUUGGAGCAUGUCGGAUGUUUAACCUUCGAAUCAUAGAUAUAAAUCACUUGGACAAUUGCUGGUAUUUUUUUUAUUUUUCCUGAAAUAUUACUUAUGACUCUGUCAUUAAAUUACUACUUUAU